AUGUACAAUACGCAUACAGAUAUUUGGGUGGCCGGUGCUUUCGCCGCAAUUGUGGUGGAUUUUUUUGUCUAUCCAGUGGACACGCUCAAAACACGCAUCCAAUCACCGGAAUAUGAGAAAGUCUUCAAGGAUGCGCAGACAAGAGCGAUAAAACGAGACGUGCUCUUUCGGGGUCUUUACCAGGGUGUUUGGAGUGUCGUCUUCUCGACGAUACCUUCAUCAGGAGCCUUCUUCACCACUUACGAGGCUAUCAAGAGCACACUGCACGGCUCAUCGACCAGAUCCACCAAAAAUGGUAACCCACAAGACUACUACUCCAAAUCUCAAACGGGGAUACGCCUCCCCUUCACGCACUCCCUACCCAGCCCCAUCAUCAACGCAAUCGCCUCGUCGUCCGCCGAAGCCGUCUCAUGCUUCAUGCUCACACCCGCCGAAGUCCUCAAACAAAACGCCCAAAUGGUUCAGUCGGGUCAAAGGCACAGUGGCCAAUACGCCGACGUGAGCGCCAUGCGCCAAGUGUUGGCCCGGUUCAAGGGCCACCCGUGGAAACUGUGGAAUGGGUAUUUCGCCCUGCUGGGCCGCAAUCUUCCGUCGACGGCUAUUCAGUUCCCAUUGUUCGAAUAUAUCCGGUCACGCGUUGUUGAGAAGUACAGGAGACGUAAAGCGGCGGGCUUAUCUUUGGAUAAUUCGGAUAGAGCCUCGAGGACAAAGGAGACUUUGAUUGAGCGGGCUGGGUUGACGGGAUUUUCGGCUUCGAUUUCCGGAUCCGUUGCUGCGAUCAUCACGACGCCGAUUGAUGUGAUCAAGACGAGGGUGAUGUUGUCGGCGAGUGAGGCUGCGCCUGAAGAGUCUAGGGUUGCUGAGAAGCAGAAGGAGGUUCGCGGCUCGAAGCAAAAGGGUACGUGGGCGGUUGGCAAGCAGAUCUUCCGCGAUGAGGGGGUUCGCGGACUUUUCAGGGGCGGUGCGAUCCGGAGUGUUUGGACUGCUGUUUCGUUGAGUUUGUAUCUUGGGCUUUAUGAGGGUGGGCGGCUCUAUCUUGAGAACCGUCGGCGAAGACUUGAGCAAGAGGAUUGA